AUGGAGACGUGCUACGCUGGAGAGAUUUCUAUGUACACAGAGAGAGAAAACAGAAUCCAGGUGGCAACUCUUGAGAAGACUCAGCUCAUUGCAAAGGAUUUUUCUGAGCUGCGCAUCCACUUCUGGCCCGACCUAAUUGAGACAGAUGAGCCUAGUUGUGCUAUCUGUACUGUCUGCAUAGACUGUGAUGUCCCUGGCAGUUGCACCAGCUACCGUGGGUGUACUCAGCAGGCCCGCCUCGUGGAACUGCUGCGGGGUUGUCAGAUGGUUUGCAGCCAGCCGGCUGCGUUACCUUGUGCAGUACCCUACAGGAAAAAAAUCAUCAAAUACAACAUUGAACCCGCGAAUAUCUACAACUUUGAUGAAAAAGGAUUCCUAUUAGGCCUCAUCCACACCCUCAAAUAUGGAACUUCACUCCCAUCUGCUCUCAUAUAUCAAAAGAAAUCAAGAAAUAUGCAAGAUACUUGGCUGAAGGAUUUUGAUAGUGAAAAGGAUCAGGCCUACUUUGCUGCUUUAGAGAAUGGAUGGAGCAAUGAUGAAUAUGAGUUAAUGUGA